AUGAUGUUCAACAUGUUCACUGAGCCCAAGCUCAUCGAGCCGGAGAAGGCACUGCCUGGUCGCGAGGCACCACCUCCCGGACACAAUAUGGUCUUGAGAAUGGCGGCUUCCUGGGUGCCGCAGGCGCCGAUGCGGGUUUCCGACCGCCAUGCUGUCCUCGGGAGCAAGAUGAAGGGCCCCUGGCCCGCGGGGUACAAGGUGGCUGUGUUUGCCAACGGCUGCUUCUGGGGCUCCGAGAAGGGCAUCUGGCGGCUGCCCGGCGACGGCAUUUACACGACAGCGGUUGGGUACGCCGCGGGCUUCACGCCCAACCCGACGUACGAGGAGGCAUGCUCCGGCAGGACGGGCCACACGGAGGCGGUGCAGGUCGUCUUCGACCCGGAGAAGCCGAGCCAGCGUGGCACUGCGGCCCUGAGUUAG